CGAAGCUCCGCUCCAACAGUCACUGCGGGUUUCGGUCCGUGAACCGAAGGCGGCUAAACGCGUAUUUGGACCAGAUCAAGCAAAAGAAAAAGGAAGAGCUGCGACGACAAAAGGCCGAAGAAGCGAAGAGGAAGGAGGAAGAGAAGAAAAGAAAAAAGGAACUACUUUUGGAGGGCGGGGCGCGUAGUAAAAAUAGCGCAGAUCAUGUCCUCGAGCACAAGAACAGCAAGGAAGUAGAAAAAGACGUUGACAUCGACCUUCUUGCGACAUCGAAGAUGAAAUCUUCUGGAACUACUACGCUGACAGCUCCUGCAACCGCUCUGCAGCUCAACGGGCCAACAUCAUUUUCAGCCGCUGCCCUCGCAGAGAAAGCGAAUUCGAAUGCGAGGAAAGUUUCCUUCGCCCCAGGAAGCGCAGGUGUCGAAACGAUCUUUAUCGAGAAUGCAAGCUCAGCAACACAACCCGAGGCUGGAAAGCAGGACGAGCAUGACAAAUUACUCCAAGUACAUGUUGAAUGUGGAAGCUUCAACAUCGACUACGAGCUGUGCCGGAUGAAGCGAAAAUUCGAUCGGGAGGAAAGCUAUCCCCUGAAAAUUAACCAUCCCCAUCCAGUUUGUCAUGCAAAACAUGUAGCAAGUUCUGCGUUUGUCAUGCAAAAAGUGGAUGGGGAUGGUUUAUUUUCAGGGGAUAAAAGCGAACUUGUCUUGCAGCUCGAGAAGCUUUACGCGGAACAUCGGAUGAUUUUCAAAGAUCCAGACCCGCCUGAGGAGAAGGAGCCGAGCAUUCAAUUGACGAAUCAUCAUCGUCGCCCUGAUGGAAGUCUGCUAAGCAAACCUGCCCUUGCUCUGAAAGACGUGGGUCCAGCUUCAUCUUGCACUGUGGUUAUCCAGCAGAAAGAAAAACAGCCAGCUGGCGUUGCGAGCAGCUCGCAAGAUGGAAAAAUUGACGCCGCCGGGAAACAGCAGCACGUUGACUCCCCGAAGACCCCCCGCCCGAUGAAAAUCUUGAAAUACACAAAAUCUCUCCUCAUCGUCCCGAAGCCAAGGAAGGCGAAGCAAUCUCGCUACGACGAAGCGGCGAUUAUCGAGCGAAAUUUGUUGAAGAGCAUCAAGGAAAUCAGAGAAAAGCGGGUUAUUCUGAAGCAAAACAUGGACGAGAUUUCCAUCAAAGAGAUGCCGGCAUUUACCAACAACCCCAAAGAGCUUUGCUUAUCCGACAUUUUAACCACACCGUUCCAAUACCGCCAUCCGAUCCGUUUCUCCCGGGAGUUACUGCCGUUAUCGAAACCGUGUUUGAAUUGCGGCUCGCACGUGCACGAAGCGAAGGACUGUUUGUACACGCAGCAGAAACACGAAAAGCAAAUGCCUUAUUGGCGCGCGUUCAAAAUAAAUCGGGUGUUGGACAAGGCAACUCCGUGUUUCGAUGAAGAUGUGAUCUGCAACCACGAUGCGCAUUUUGAUAUUGUGCAGAGUUGCUCGCUGAUACCGAACGUGAACACGAAGUUCAACCAAAGACCUCGCUUGUACGACCAUCUGCGCAUCCCAGACGAUUUCUGGCAGGAGUGGGAGCCGUUUUUCCCCGAGGGAGUGAUCUAUCGGGAGUUUGACCGGAGGGCUUUGGCUGAUUUUGACGAGGAGGCUGAAGAAGACCAAAAAGAGGCUGGGAAACAACAGAAGCGCAAGGAACAGCAGGGGGACGACGCGGCGGGAGAAGAAGAUGACGGUGAAGACCCCAGCUCGAAGGAGAAUAAAUCUCCAACAGAAGACCACGAGAGCGAUAAGGAAUCCAGCGGUGCAGUGGCGGUUGUCGCGGCACGCAGUUCAGAGCGGGCUGACGGUCAAACUGGCAGUGAUGCGGAGAAAUCCGAGCAGGCCGCGAGCAGCUCCGGCGGAGAUGAAGACUCUUCUAGCGAUGGAGAAUCCACUUCAUCGCUAGCACCAAGUUCCGACUCGCCUACUUCUGUCGCGGCGAGAAGGAAAUCCGCAGCGGCCAUCAAGAAGCGAAAGCAGACACGGAAGAAUGCGAAUGGCAAUAAAGGCAAGAAGGAAGUACAACACGAAAACCGCAAGAAAGGGCUUGAGGAAGUAGGUGCACGAUCUCUACUUGUUGACGAGAAUUCGGAUAUCACAAUCACGCGCCCCGGUGGAGACGUCGCAAGUUUGGGUCUUGUUGCUGGCGAACAAGACUCAUCUGUCGAGAUGAAAAGCGAGCUCGAUACAACUACCGGAGAAAGGCAGGAUUCCGUCGCUUCGCACGAAAACGACAAAGACCGGGAAGAGGAUGGAGCUGGCGCUUCUCAUCUUCUCAAGCAAUUCGACGCACUCGAAGAAGAAAAGCGCGCACUCUUGCAGAGCAGAAAAAACCGGAUCAAUAUGAUGCUCAGAACCCGGGCGAAGGAAGUCAACAAAGCGCUGCUACUCGUUGACGACAUGGACCGCGAGGCCGGCAUGCCUUUAGACAAGAUCCUGGCUCGACAAGGAGCCGCGGCGGCAGCAGCGGCUGCUGCGAAAGGUGGUGCGGAUGCAGGGAAUAAAGCAGGUGCUAGCACGACCCCCGGCGGCGCUGUGGGAGGAGGUGGAGGUGCUACUGCUGCGACCGUGGCAAAGAUCGCGGGGAACAAGAAGAAAAACGGGGCCGAUGAAGAGGAAAAGGACAAGGAGGACAGCAGCAAAUCGAGGGAGGCAGCGGCAGCUUCGGCUGAGGCGGCAGCUGACAAAAAUGCACCUCCGGGCGGUGCAGGAGCGAUCGUCGAUCCGGCAGGUGGCGGAACACACAAGAAGAAAACAGACGCGGCAGUGCCAGCUACGACCGGUGCCGCAGGGGGAGAAAAUCAUCCCAACGGAGAAGAAGCAGGAGCGAACAAUAAACCCGCAGCGCGCACAAGCACGGGGCUAAACCAGUUGGAUAAAAUGAUCACUGAGUACACGAGCAAAUUCAAGAUUAUGGAGUUCUCAAACGUUACAUUCUCAACUGUUACAUGAAUUUGUCAUGCAAAAUUACCAUCAUCAUCCACAAGAUCAAGCUGCUUAGCAUGACAAAUGUGCGAAGGGCUAAACAUCACCUAAAUCUGCUCGGAAUUUGUAAUGCAAUUUUUGCAAUCUUCCCCCUUUCGCUUUUGCCAUUCUUGCAUUACAGAUUCAUGUAACAGUUGAGAGUGUAACGUUUGAGAACACCAUAAAGAUGUCCCAGCCGCACCGGACCGCGUUGUCAAAACUGGCUUUGAGCUUUUUCACGGAAGAGAGGCUGAAGGAAUUAGCAUCCGUCGUCGAGGCCGAUGUGGAAAAACGGUUGGGGAAGGGGUUGGUUGUGGAUAUGAAACGAACGGAAGGUGGUUCUCGUGAGGACCACCAGACUUUGGAGGAAAGUUUGAAAAAGCAGGUCAUUGUCUGGGAAAAACAGGUAGUAUAUAUUUGUGAUCUGGAAUCAGUGCAGCUUUGAGCACAGCGUGGUGAGCAACUACUUUUGAGGGUGUUGAUGCUCCUCGUCACUUUAUUUGCAUAUACAUUCAUGUUUCACCAUGAUUUAAAGUCGUUAAAAACUUAAUACAUCCAUCAGAACAUCAACAUCAAAACAGCUGACCGGCUCGGUGCAAGACGCUAGGGUGGUGGAGUAUCAGCGGCAGAUGGCACGACUGGAACUUUUGCUGAAGAAGAAGCUGAAGACUUUGCUGGUCUCAGCGACAGAAGGCGAACAAUGGGAUGAUCAUGAUGGUGACGCAACUUGCGCACGACUGUCGUCAUCAACCGGAGACGAAGAUGAUGACGGCAACAACAUUAACAACUCCAGCACCAAGAGCUUUGAUUACCAUAAAGAAGUAGAUCGAGUAGAACAAGCGGACAUUGCCGAGUUCAUCGGAAAAUUUCUGUCGGAGAACUCCGACAACUUUUCUGCAUUCGGCAGUAAGCAUAACAACACCCAGUCUGGCACACCAGCAACGCAGCACAAGCACAAUCGGGGUCCGUCUGCGCACCCGCUGCUGGAGCCAAGCAUGAAAACGCCACUGCAGGUUUUUCAGGAGAUGUGUGGUGCUGGGAUGGAGAACAAGUCUGCGCAUGAUGGAGACCCGAAAGUCGUCCAUCUCACACCCAGUUGCUCAGAAACAUGCGCCAGUCAUUCCCUGCUCGACGUUUUUCUGGGACGACCACUGGACCCUGCUUGCACGAGCCUCUCCUCCCCAUCCUCUCAGGAUGAACAGCAAGAAAACCUCCACCGAGCCCGACUGGGGAAAAUCGUUGAAAAACUCAACCUCGACGAUUUCGCAGCGCAACUCGUGUUGGACGUCAAGCGACAGGGGAGCGAUUCGAUUUUGCUGUCGAGUUCGAAUACCGAGGUGAUGGAAGGCGACAAGCGUUGGUUGGAUGACAUGCGGGGUCAACUACACCAGAAGGGGAAGGAACAUGAUCGACGUCAUGAUAACGGUAAGGAAAUCGGAAAAAAGCAGGUGCAGGACCCACACCAGGGACGCGAACUCGAGCAGCUGCUCCAAGAAUCUCCGAGCACCGAUACCGCCAGGCCCGUCACAGGAGCUAGCUCGCGUGCUCUCCAUGGUGGAUUCGACGAACUUGUUCAAAGUUGUAACUACGACUCUGCUCCUGGAGUGAUAUCAAAUAAUAUCUUCGAAACCCCGGCCGACGUGUCCCGACAGCUGUUCACCGAACUCGGAAGCGACCUUCUUGCAAACGAUUUCCGUAAUUCCAUUGUCACAAGCGAUAAUGCCACUGCUGCUGCUCCUUGUUCCUUUUCCUCCAGCCCGCUAUUCCCGAAAAGCAACUACCUAGUAGACGACCUCAAAGCGCUGAAGAAGAAACGGAGAGAACAGCGGAAACGGGAGAAGUUAGAAAAACUCUCUAGGAAGCAGCGCCGGGCCGAAAAGAGGAGGUUGAAGAAGGACGAGAUGAAAGCGGCCAGGAAAAGGUUAUUAAGGGAGAAGGAGAGGCAAGAGCGGUUGAAGGCGGCAGAAAGGAGAAAGGAUAAAGACCGGGAAAAACAGAUAAAGAAAAAGAAGCGGAAGGAGAAGAACAAGUCAAAGCAUGUCGUGCUUGACGUUGGUCCGCCAACUACGAUUCCGGCAGCGCUUUUGAACUUGGGCAAGAACAAACCACCUUCGACGAAUUCGAAUCUUCUGGAUGAACUCGAUGCUGCACGAACUACUGCGAUGGACAUCUUCAGAGAUCAUGAUCUACUUGUUUUGCGCGACGAGGAGGAGGACCAGGAGAACAAGGCUCCCACUGCGACUGAGAAAACCAAAACCCUGCAAACUGUCGCAGGAGGUGCAGAAGGAGGUCAUGGAGCUACUACACGAGCAGGUAGAAGAAGUCCUAUGUUGAGCAGUAGCGAAGACGACGUCCACCUCGAUUUUUAUGACUCUGACGGCGAUCCUGACAGUGUCCUCUUCGAGGUCCCUGAUGAUGAACCUGAGGACACGGAGUAUGAAUGGGUCAAGAGGCCGGAGACAGGAAAAUGGAUCAAGGUAGAAAGGAACAGGCGCAGGUCACCAAACAAAGAGCAACCGCCCUGUGAGCAAGUGCAAGGCGAGGACGGGGUGGAGGUGCAGAGCGGGGGAGGCGAACAAGCGGCUGCGCACAGGUACAUGUACUACUUUCUGUUGUUUUCAUGAGGGAUCGAGGACCACAGCCACACAGCAGCUAGUGGCAGCGACAGCGUUCUUGUUCCGCAUUGUUCGUGGUUUGCUCCGCUGUUCAAUAGUGGUCGGAUUUGUUUCUCUGCAAUUCGCUUAUGCUGUAAGAACCACAUCAAAAAAACUAUGAAUUGCAGGUUGGCCUCCGGAUCUUCUUCCUCCUCCGCAGUGAGCGGGCGAAUAACUCAGAGUCCGCCUCUACUAGAAGAUCUUUUCUCGCCGGACGACGGUACAAACCGUGCAUUUCCGGAAGAUCUGCAGCAAGAUUUAUCUCGCCGUACUAGACCACCAGACACUAGAGCAAGAGCGAAGUCAGUGCGGCAAGAGGAGAAGCACCAGCAUCCACUCCAGAACGACCUAACCGAAAUCUUUGGUGGUCCACCAGUUGCAGCAGCUCCGGACUCUGGUGGACGUCCAGCAGGAAAACUACUACCCGAGGACCGACAUUUUUUCACCUCUUCCGGCAAACCAGCCCCUUUGGAACUGCAAGACCCGGCGAAAUCAUGGUCAACAUCGCCGAGGACGUCGACCAGAGACGCCAACAUCUCCUGCAUCAUUGCUGACGAUUUGGAUCUGCUUUUUUCGCCCAGCCCCGAGAAACGAAAAAACGCUGGACGAGACGGAGCGACGUCGGUGGAAAUAAUUGGAGCGCGAGCAGAUGCAGAUGACCACGGCACUACAAAUUAG